AUGGUUUCCGAUUCGAUCACCAACGCUUCCAUUCAUGCAGCCCCAAACAACAACAACAACGCCCGGGAUGUGGGCAAGAAGAAGAGGGCCAGGUCUGCCAAAUUGAAGCAGUGCAAGCUCGAUGUUCGUCGUGAGCAAUGGCUUUCUCAAGGCGCUGUGAAGAAUAAGGACUAUAAAGCGGAACAGAACGGCGUCGUUGAAGAACUCAAAGACCGUAAUAACCACCGUCCCUUCGGUAAUCUAGGGAUGAGGCCCGGAGGCGGUGAGAAUGACGGAUCGAUCCAUCACCACCACCACCAUGACAUCGAUUUGGACUCGAAUAGUCCGAACAGUUUGACAAGUAGCGUCUUGGGCAGCAACUAUUCCGAGACUAACUUCACUGGUUCCAGCAGCAGCAGCAGCAGCAGCAGCGGUGGCUGUUGCUCUGGAAAUAUCACAGAGGAUGAUGAAGGCGGUGGCGAUGAUGGGUGCUUGGACGAUUGGGAAGCCGUGGCUGACGCCUUAGCCGCCAACGAGAAGCCGAAAACCCCAUGUUUGGAGUCUCCCCCAGAGCAUGAUCCAAUUGCUCAAUCGGGUUCUCCUCAGGAAACGACUAUUGGGUCUGAUGCACCGAGUUUUGGGGUUGAGAAUUCGAAACCUCAGUGUACCAGAACUAUCCCUAAAGCUUCAGGAAAUGGCCUGGCUUGGAGGCCUGACGAUGCUUUUCGGCCUCAGAGUCUGCCCAAUUUAGCUAAGCAGGUUAGCUUGCCAAAUUCGAACCGGAAACAUUACGGUUGUGGUGGUGUUCCUUGGGCCUAUAGUGGUGUUGUUUCUGCGCCAUCCUCAUGUCCUAUAUGCUAUGAAGAUUUGGAUUUCACGGACACGAGCUUUUUGCCAUGCUUGUGCGGAUUCCGGCUCUGCCUUUUCUGCCACAAGAGGAUUCUCGAGGAGGAUAGCCGCUGUCCUGGCUGCAGGAAGCCCUAUGAGCAUGAGCCUGUUGAGGCAGAGGCAAGUGUGCAUGGAGGUAGCCUCACGUUUCGGCUGCCUCGUUCUUGUAGCCUGAUCACAAGGUCCUAA